UGUACAGCCGGCUACCUCCGCUGCAGCCAAUCGGCUGAGGGCAGCCCGGACUCCGGCGCGGCUCGUGUGGCGCACACGGCUCAUCCCCUCCCGGCCGCCGGGGAGCUCGUCUCUGAAGCCCGCACCAGCGCAGCACAAGACACGGGGGCCCCAGUCCGAGCAGCAGCAUGUCGGGCCCCGGACUGCACGGGGAGAAGCGGGGCGAGGACUCCGGGCUGCUGCUGGAGUUGCUGGGGGAGAAGCUGGUGACGGCGGAGCGGGAGGAGGUGGACGUGCAGUCUCUGGGCUCCCGGGUGUCCCUCCUCGGGCUGCUCUUCGGCUGCGGGGUGAGCGCUCCCUGCCUGCAGCUGCUGCCCAGCCUCAGCGACUUCUACGGCAAGACCCGGGACCGGCUGGAGGUCGUCUUCAUCUCUUCGGACCCCGACCAGAAGAAAUGGCAGCUCUUCCUGAAGGACAUGCCCUGGCUGGCACUCCCGUACCAGGAGAAGCAUAAGAAGUUGAAACUUUGGAACAAGUACAGAAUUUCCAACAUUCCCUCCCUUAUCUUUAUUGAAGCAUCUACCGGGAAGGUUGUGUGUAGAAACGGCCUCUUAUUAAUAAGAGAUGACCCAGAAGGUCUAGAGUUCCCUUGGGGUCCAAAGCCCUUCAGUGAAGUUAUUGCAGGCCCUUUGCUCAGGAAGAAUGGCCAGUCCCAGGAUAGUAGUACCCUGGAAGGCUCUUAUGUUGGUGUAUAUUUCUCUGCACACUGGUGUCCUCCAUGUCGAAGUCUGACCAGAGUCCUGGUGGAGUCUUACCGGAAAAUUAAAGAGUUGGGUCAAAAGUUUGAAAUUAUUCUAGUUAGUGCUGACAGAUCUGAAGAAUCCUUUAAACAGUAUUUCAGUGAAAUGCCUUGGCUGGCUGUUCCAUAUAGUGAUGAGGCAAGACGAUCACGGCUGAACAGAUUAUAUGGAAUACAAGGCAUUCCAAAUCUCAUUAUAUUGGAUCCAAAAGGAGAGGUCAUUACACGACAAGGGAGAGUGGAAGUUCUUCAUGACAUUGACUGUAAAGAGUUCCCAUGGUACCCUAAACCUGUUGUGGAACUGACAGAGUUAAAUGCCGUUCAGCUGAAUGAGGGUCCCUGCCUUGUCCUUUUUGUAGACUCUGAAGAUGAAGGCGAGUCAGAGGCAGCAAAACAGCUCGUUCAACCCAUAGCGGAGAAAAUUAUAGCACAAUAUAAAGCCAAAGAUGAGGAAGCACCACUACUGUUCUUUGUGGCCAGUGAGGAUGACAUGACGGACUCCCUGCGGGAUUUCACUAACCUCCCAGAAGCUGCGCCUCUGCUGACCAUACUGGACAUGUCUGCCCGGGCAAAGUAUGUCAUGGAUGUGGAGGAGAUCACGCCGGAUAUUGUGGAGAAUUUCGUCAACGACUUCCUAGCAGAAAAACUGAAACCGGAGCCUAUUUAACAAGAUCUCGAUCAGUAUUCAUGCCUUGCAUAAAGAAUUAUUAUUUAAGAACACAAAUGCUUACCCUGUCGCCAUAAGGAUUUUAUCAUAUUAUCUCUCCAGAGAACGCCUUGUCAAGGUGCCUUUUGUGUCAUGGUUUUAAAAACUGAUCCUCUACCAGAACUGUCUGUUGCCAAAAGCCUCUUCUGAAACCCUCGCCAUCGUUUUGUAUUCCAAGCCUGGAUUUGUAUCUGUCAUCAGCGGUAGACCCUAAACCUCUGUCAUUGAGAAUUCCCUUUAUAUGGGUUUGAUAUGAUAACUGGGUUUGUAGUAAAUGUGUUUUUUAGAAUUGGAUUGGUCACCUGUCCUCCCUGUCAGGUUCCCACUGCAUUUAUCAUGCAUUCUCCUGUGUUUCACAUACGUUUUCUUUGCUUCCUAGCUUUUUUUAUGUUCCAGAGCCUUGUGAGCAGGGAUUCACCCAUCAGUAUUCAGUGUUCUCGAUUGGAUGGUAUUAGCAGUGCUGUGCACAUAACUUGUUGCCUGGCUUUCAGCCUCUUACCCUCAAUUCAUCACUGGCUUGCUUGUGAUAUCUCUCGUUGUUACCAAGCCCUCACAUCUUCAUGUAAAACACCAAUCUGUCAUCUUUAGGAGUAACUUAUAUUUUGUAUAUUGCUUUUACAACAAUUUCAGCUUCUGAACAGAACUAGAGACGUGUAACGUUUGUAGGGUUCGAUAAAGUCCACUCAUCAUCAUUAAUCACACAAAAUCCUUGUGACAUUACUCAGAACUUCUGUACUAGUGAUGCAAACAUACGUCCUUCUCAAGACUGGCACACAUUUAUUUUUUCUUGUACCUUGCACUGAACAAGGUAGGCGAGUGAAAAACGUGGAAAUGUUUCGGACAAGUCGAGUCUGGUGUUUUGUCGUGAUUUUCUUCUCACCAAACAAUGAGGAUGUCUGUCACCACAAAAUUCACAGUUAAGCCAAGCUCAAUAACUCGUGGGGCUAGCUCAGCUGAAUGUAGUGAUACCUUAAACUUAGGGCCCAUGCACACGACCGUAGGCUGACAGGUCCGUUUAAUGGGUCUGGAUCCGUCUGCGUAAUCCGCACGCAAAUUGCUGUCCCCAAUGCACUGAACGGCCGUGUGCAUGACCCCCUAGAGAUAUGUUGAUUCAUUCAGGAGGAAAAGUACGGUUUAUCCAUUUGCAAAUGAACAGGUAAGUGCACCAAGGCCAGGCCCAAGCCACUUUGUUUAUCUUUGCCCUCCCUGCAUAGUCAUCUUGCCAGGCCGAGGAGAUGUAGCCGGCUGGCAGGAGAAGCAAGGUGCACGUAGAAGCUUGGGCCCACCCUCAGUGCACUUAACAGCUCAUUUGCAUAUGGCAUUCAAAGUACUAAUUCUCCAGACUAAAGCAACAGAUCCCUAAGUAAAAGGUAUCAUUACAUUCAGCUAAGCUAGCUGUACAAGGUAUUGUGCCCGGUUUACCAGUGAGUUUCCUGGUGACAGAUUCACUUUAACAGAAUGGAUGCUUAAAGUUGUGCUGUGACACUACUAGAAGUGUUAUGCCUGGCUGCUUGACCAGUCCGCCGAUCUACACGCCAUAUAGAAUUGAUUGAUGGCUCCAGGUAUUUGUUACUGUGUUCCCUAGACAAACAGAAAAAUGGUUUCAAUAAAGUGGUCUUAUGUCUAAUUA